AAAAGGUUUCAAAGGUACCAACUAUGCACAGAGGUCCAUUGAAAUUACGUUAACACUCCCCUUAAAGUAUGGUAAUGAAACAAUACGUGUGUUUUCUUAUGUAUAAACAUGCCUCAAAUUAGGGUCUUCCAAAAAUACAAAAUUACAAUAGAUUUUGAAACGUGAACACAACACAUCCAGAGCCCUAAAAUCAUAUUUAACAAUGUUAAAAAUAUUGUUGAAAUUUAUUCAGUUUUUGCAUAUUUUACCGUGGAGCAUAGACCUUUAUGCUAAUACAGGAUAGAACACGAGUUCACUAGUGCACUCUGCAGUCUACUGUGUAUACAAAUAAUACAAAUAAUGUUAAUUAAAGUUAAUGAAAAAUACUGAACAAGUGAAAGAUAGUUAAAGGAAGAUUUUCUUAAUUUGGGAGACUUGGAAGCUUAAAAGAUUUGUUCAAAUGAAGGGGGCUGAACAUUCCUCAGAACUCUCGCCUUCAAACAACGGUAGAAACCAGUGGGGAAACCAUGCAGAGUUCUUUCUGACAUCAGUAGGUCUGGCAGUUGGUCUCGGAAAUAUUUGGAGGUUUCCAUAUGUUUGUUAUGAGAAUGGAGGCGGCACUUUUCUUAUCCCGUACUUUUUGGCACUUUUCCUGCUCGGGCUUCCACUGUUUUAUCUGGAGAUGGCACUUGGACAGUAUGCUGGAUCAAGCUGUACGGUCAUCUUCAGGAGGUUAUCCCCUGGUUUGAUGGGACUGGGCUACGGGAUGCUGUUUAUCAAUAUUAUACAAAAUCUGUAUUACACCGUUAUCAUGGCUUGGGCGCUCAUUUACAUGUUUGAGGGAUGGAGAAGUGAACUACCAUGGACAAGAUGUAAUCCAGAGUUUGGAACUAUCAAUUGUUAUUCAAAACCUGAAGCUCAGUUAUGCAACGAAAACCAAACCUUCUGGAAUUUUUCAUGUACUGAUCAAAAUAUAUUUUGUGCCAACUUUGAUUUGGGUUCAUCUCAAUUAAAUACAUCCUGUCUCAAUAUCACAAGUGGAGAAGACCUGGCCUUUACUGCUGUUAGUAAACGUGUGACACCUAGUGAGGAAUUUUUCAAGAUAUUUAUUCUAGGGAUCACUGACCUAGGAGUUGAAAACACGUGGGAGCACUACGGAGACCCGCAGUGGAAAAUUAUUGGUGCAUUGGCGCUCUCGUGGACGAUCAUAGCACUUGGACUGGCAAAGGGUGUCUCGUCUUACGGGAAACUAUCCUAUUUCAUCACAAUUUUUCCGUAUGUGGUGUUGACAACAUUUUUGGUGUAUGUUAGCCAAGAAGAGGGAUUUUAUGAUGGAAUUCAUUAUUUUAUAACUCCUAAUUGGAACAAGCUUUUAGAAACCUCAGUUUGGGUAGAAGCUAUCACACAAAUAUUCUUCAGUCUUGGUGUCGCUAUUGGAUGCCAACUGCUGCUAAGUUCGUACAAUGAUUUUAAUGCAAAUUGUCACAGAGACGCCUGGUUGAUUUCAAUGUGUAACUCUGCAACUUCGAUAUUUUCCGGGUUCAUUGUUUUUGGAACCCUCGGUAUGCUUGCUCAUGAUCAAGGAGUAGAGGUUCCUGAUGUUGUUUCUCAGGGAACAGGUUUAGCGUUCCAGGCCUAUCCUGCAGCAGUAACGAUCAUGAAUGCUCCCCAAGUGUUCUCCUUCAUGUUCUUCUUGAUGGUGUGUUUACUGGCAAUGUCAACUGUAAGUGCAUCAUGGGCAGCUGUGGUAGCAGCACUGCUGGACGAGGUUCCAGUACUCCGCAAAUAUGAGACACAAGUUUAUUUUUUUUCUUGCUUUCUUGGGUUCCUAGGAGGGGUUUCAUGUUGCUUUCCAUCAGGAUACUUUAUGUUUAAUCUACUGAAUGACAGAAUAUCGUAUUCUAUUGUGUACACAGCUCUACUUGAAGUUAUAACUGUUGCAUGGUUCUACGGAGUUAAUAAGUUUAUCUCAAAUAUAGAAGAGAUGGAUAUAUGGAUGCCCCGAAUAUUUAAAUGGUUUUUUACUUUUUGUUGGUCAAUCAUUAAUCCUCUUCUUCUUAUCACAAUUCUCAUCAUUUUCAACCUGGAUAGAUUACCAGAUAGUACAGAAGGAUAUGUCUACCCAGAGCACAUACAGAUUCUGGGUUGGCUCAUAGAGUUCUUCCCCCUUUCAAUACCUCUCAUCCUCGGCCUCUAUUCAGCAGGACGAAGGAUCCUCCGAGGACAGCCUAGAGAGGCCGCAUUCCUAAGAUCUGGUCCUCUACUGUCCCCGAGCUCUAAGUGGGGACCUAGAGAGGACAGACCUAAACUUGAAAUAGAUGGAAUUUUAAAUGAAGCUUUCUAAGAAUAAAUAAAAUAUUUUUUUGCUAA